AUGGCAAACUUCAAGGGUCAUGCACUUCCAGGGACCUUCUUCCUCCUCUUUGGGCUCUGGUGGUCUGUGAAAUACCCACUGAGGUACCUGAGCCAGAAAGCAGCCAAGAAAUCCCACAAGAUUUAUGUUUUCCAGCGUGUGGAUGCCAUUGAAGGGAGCAUCAAAAUCAUCUUUGCUCUGAUAGGGAUGUUGGCCGAGCAGUUUGUCCCGGAUGGGCCCCACCUGUACCUGUACACGGGGGAGAGCCGUGCCUGGGUGAAGCUGAUGAACUGGCAGCACAGCACCAUGUACCUGUUCUUCGGGCUGGCGGGGGUGCUGGAGGUGCUGAGCUGCCUGUGCCCCGGCGCGGCGCCGCGGGGGCUGGAGCGCCUGGCGCUGGCCCUGGCCCUGCUCGUGGAAGGUUGUCUCUUUUAUUACCACGUCCUUCACCGCCCCAUGCUGGACCAGCACAUCCACACCCUGCUGCUCAUUGCCAUCUUCUCAGGGGCCUGCAGCACCCUCCUGGAGGUUUUCCUCUGGGACAACAUUGUCCUGGAAUUGUUCCGAGCCGGGGUCACCAUCCUCCAGGGAACGUGGUUUUGGCAGAUCGGGAUCGUGCUGUUCCAGCCGUGGGGAGGUCCCAUGUGGGAUGAGGAGGAUCACAGCAACAUCAUGUUCCUCACCAUGUGCUUCUUCUGGCACUGGGCUGCUGCCGUGGUCAUCCUGGCUAUAAACUACACCCUGGCUUACUGCUGUGCCCAGCGGUGCCGGCGGGACGGGCAGCGCUACAUCGGGCUGGGCGUGCGGCGCGACGGGGACACAUCCCAGGCUGCCUUCCUGCCCGGCUCCGACGAGGAGUGA